CUUCCCCGGCGGGGUGAAGGAGAGAGCUCGGCACCCCUGGGCUUGAACUUUAGCACCCUCUUCUGCGGGACUUUAAAGAAAAAGAUCAUCGUAUCCCGAGCGAGCCGUCCCGGACAUCCAGGCAGGCGCAGGGCUGGAGCGGAGGAGAAGGCAACUACUUUCUCCAGCGAGGUUUUUCUGGGGUUCUUUCUAAAGAAAUAGCACCGGCGAGAAAACCCCAAGAAGCCAGGGAGCGUUUCCAGCGCUCGGGACGGCUGGUGAGCGGCUCGGGGGCUGCCGUUAAUCACUGCGAGGAGCCCGUCCUGCCGUGCAGAUGUGUUUGAUUGGAGCGGCGCGAGGGUUAUUUUCUUUUGACUGAAGGCAACCCCAGCCCCGGCGGAUUAAGCCCUUUGUGCACACGGGAGUGUGCCUUGAUGGGAGCUGCUCCCACAAAACCGGCUGCAGGGGUUUCGGGGACCAUCCCGUAGGUCGGGGGACUCUCCCAGAGGAGGGGGAGACCUCCUGCUUCCGUGUCUCCGAGGCGAUGCCGGGACAGUAGGUCCCUUGGCAGGCAGCACAGCGUGCUCCGGGAUGGCCGUCUAUGCCCUCACGGGCUUCUCGCUCGUCAGCCUGCUCAGCUUUGGCUAUUUAUCCUGGGACUGGAUGAAGCCCAGUUUGGUGGCCGACGUGGCCACGGACCCCAUGGAGAAAUCGCUGCCUCCCGCCUUCGCCAGGCCACCCCACAUCAUCUUCAUUCUGACGGAUGACCAGGGCUACCACGACGUCGGGUAUCACGGCUCAGAUAUCCAGACGCCAACGCUGGACAGGCUGGCAGCUGAAGGUGUUAAGCUGGAGAACUACUACAUCCAGCCCAUCUGCACCCCGUCCCGGAGCCAGCUGAUAACUGGCAGGUACCAGAUCCACACAGGGCUGCAGCACUCCAUCAUCCGCCCUCGGCAGCCCAACUGCCUGCCCCUCGACCAGGUAACCCUGCCCCAGAAGCUGCAGGAAGCUGGCUACUCCACACACAUGGUUGGCAAGUGGCACCUUGGCUUCUACAAGAAGGAAUGCCUGCCCACCCGCCGGGGCUUUGACACCUUCCUGGGCUCCCUGACGGGCAACGUGGACUACUACACCUACGACAACUGCGAUGGGCCGGGUGUCUGUGGCUACGACCUGCACGAAGGGGAGGAUGUGGCUUGGGACCAGAGUGGGAAGUACUCCACUUUGCUCUAUGCCCAGCGUGUCAACAAGAUCCUGGCAUCCCAUAACCCCAAGGAGCCCAUCUUCAUCUACGUGGCCUUCCAAGCGGUCCACACGCCUCUGCAGUCACCCAAGGAGUACAUCUACCGCUACCGCUCCAUGGGCAACGUCGCUCGCCGCAAGUAUGCCGCCAUGGUGACGUGCAUGGACGAAGCGGUGAAGAACAUCACCUGGGCCCUCAAGAAGUACGGUUAUUACGACAACAGCGUGAUCGUGUUCUCCACCGACAAUGGUGGGCAGACCUUCUCCGGGGGAAGCAACUGGCCACUACGGGGCCGCAAAGGGACAUACUGGGAAGGGGGAGUCCGUGGUAUUGGUUUUGUCCACAGUCCUCUGAUCAAGCGCAAGCGCCGGACCAGCUGGGCACUGGUUCACAUCACGGACUGGUACCCGACUCUGGUCAGCCUGGCCAGAGGCAACCUGAGCAACGUCCCAGGCUUGGAUGGCUACAAUGUCUGGCCUGCCAUCAGUGAGGGCAAGGACUCGCCACGAACUGAAAUCCUGCACAAUAUUGAUCCCUUGUACAACCACGCCAAGUAUGGCUCCUUGGAGGAUGGCUUCGGCAUCUGGAACACGGCCGUGCAAGCCUCCAUCCGGGUUGGGGAGUGGAAGCUCCUCACUGGUGACCCAGGAUACAGUGACUGGAUCCCCCCACAAACCCUGACCAACUUCCCAGGGAGCUGGUGGAACCUGGAACGUCUCACCGACGGCCUGAGGAAGUCCGUGUGGCUCUUCAACAUCACUGCUGACCCUUACGAGCGCUACGACCUCUCGGACCAGCGCCCAGAUGUGGUGAGAACCCUCCUGAUGAGGUUGGUGCACUACAACCGGACAGCCAUCCCAGUGCGGUACCCUGCGGAGAACCCCCGGGCUCACCCAGACUUCAACGGCGGCGCCUGGGGACCUUGGGCCAGCGAGGACGAGACGGAGGAGUGGGAAGGCACCGGGGAGCCCCUGAAGAGCAGGAACAAGAAGAAGAAGUGCAAGAUCUGCAAGCUGCGCUCCUUCUUCCGCAAGCUGAACACCAGGCUCAUGUCCAAUCGCAUCUGAUGGGAGACUCCCCCAGCGUCGACCCACUCUGGUCAGGGUGGAGCUCUGGACAGCAGUGCUGUGGGGUGGGAGCGAGGGAGAGAGAUGGACGGGGAGGUGGCCAGCACACUCUUGCUUUCCCUUGCUCUGAGGUUCACCACAAGACACCUCUCCUCUCUGGCUGGACCGGUGGUCCCGGUGGGCGAGGAAGGACAAUGUGGGCUCAGCCGCGCUGCUUGGUGGUGGUGUAAAGUCUGCUGAGCUGGGCUGGCCCGUGCACAGCUCCUUCCAAAGAGAGGGACCUUUUCCUCAAGGAAUCUGCAGGCAAUCACCAGCUUUAAGUGUUGGCCAUUGCAAUGCCAGGACAAAGUGUGGGACCCUGCAGUGGCAGUGCAGAGGGGCUGGCCAGCCCCGGCACCUCUGCCUCCAGGUUGUCCCUCACCGUUUCCCUGUAUAUAGGUGCUCCUGACCCUCUGCCUGCUGCCAGGCAGCUGCCCCCUUUGCUCUUGCUCUAGGAACUCAAGGGCCUCCCCCAAAACCCAAGACCACGACAUUUCUCUAUUAUACUUCUUUGUGGAAGGACAGAUUCCUGACCAUGGAUGUCAGAACCAAGAUCACCAAGGCUGGACUCAGCCUUGCUGCUACAGGGACCUCAUGUGGGGAUAUGGCUUCUCCUCUCUGCUGUCUCGGGGGGCUGGGAGCAGCCCCAGCGAGGAGCUAUGGCCCACAGAGACAUGCCUGGAUGCACUCAGAGGACAGAUGGUUCCCCGCAGCCCCACAUUUAGGGGGCAGGUUUGCCCCAAGCUCUGGUGGACCUCACAUGGGUCAGCUGCCCAGCAGAUCCUUUCAUCCACAGUUCCGUUUGGCCAGACCCCCCAUGUGUAUGGCUGUAGGCACCCGUGUUCCUCCCUGUGCAUACUAUGACCCAACCAUCCAGCCACCCCGGCAGCCCCUUCUGAGCGAUGUGGCUGUCCCCAAGCCCCACAGCAGCCCUGCUGCUGAACCAGCCAAAGAAAGAUCUCAAGAAGAUCUCCACAGAGGCUGAUGUGGGGCUCUGUAGGUACAGAGCUUCAAAGCCACAACGGGGAUGGGGACACCUCCCUCCUGCCAGCUCCGCACCGCGUCCCCUCGCGGCAGAUGGGCACCGCUCCCCCGGCAGCGCACGCGUAGGGGGGGAAACACCUCCCCACCACCCGUCUGCCGUGGGGAGCCAGCCCGUGCCACUGCCGGGGUACCCACGGCUCAGGUACCGGGGCAGCCAGCGAAGUGAUGUGCCCCCAUGCCUGCGGCGGGGAGCGAGCGCGCGUACGUGCGCUGGGAGCGGAGCCGGGCCAGGAUGAAAGAGGGUAAAUAGCUUUAAAAGCGUUUUGGAUGCAUGGUGCAUUUCCAUUUACACAAUGUGUUUUACAUUUCUCCCCACAGGUUUCUCUUGGUGCAGCGUGUGUAGGCGAAGGCCCUGCUGUGAAUUUUGAAAAUAGUUAUUUUUGUCUCUGGAAAAUGAGGCCCGUUAGGACUUGUCAGCUCUUGGAUGAGCAGUGUGGGCUUUUUUUUUUUUUUUUUCCUUUUUAUUUUUUUUCCCCCUCUCUCUCUCUCUCUCCUUUGCAAAAUAACAUUCAUUUAAAAUCUGUCAUUGAAAGAUGUGACAAUUGGCAGCGCGCACGCUGAAUACCUUUCAGUGCGCUUUCAAGCCCUGUGUGUGAGAGAGGGACGGGGACGGGAAGAGAAUGCAAUGACACGUUUGUAUUUCUUUUUUUUUUUUUUCCCUUUUUUUUUUUUUUUUUUUUUUUCUUUUUUGCUGGAUUAUUUGGGGGAAUUGGGAUUUUCUAUAGAAACAAAGAAAAGAAAAAAAAAAAAAAAAAAGAAAAAGCUAACAGCGGAAUAGAGGAGGCCUCUGGUUGUAGAGAUGGGAAGGAGUUUGCAGAGCUGGAGCGUGGCAGUGUGUGUGCCCGUCCCAGCUGCUCUGCACACACCCAUCACCCUUGGCCCCCACAUCCCUACGGCCACCUCCCCUCUGGUGGCAUCAAGGAUGGGUUUGAGAGGUGGACUCAGCUCUUCCAUUAGCCCCAAGAUGCCCCAUCUCCAUAAAUUGCUCCAUGGGAAUUGGGUCCUGUGGCAUCACCCCAGCCUAGGUGAGCACCAGGAGGAUGCUGCACGUCCUCCAACUACCUCAACCAGCCAGCCUGGUCCCCCAGGACACACGUGGCCACCACCGGUAGCGGGGCUGCGGUGCCAGCUGCAAUUUGGCAAAGCCAACGGGCUGCUGAAUAUGAAGCGACUCUUGGCUGAAGAAGAGGAGGCUGCUGGAGGCUGC